UAGAUGCUCAGACCUUAUUAACCAUGAGAGAAUCCAGACGGGAGAGAAACCCUAUGAAUGCUGUGAGUGUGGGAAAAACUUCACUCAGCGCUCAGCCCUUAUUAGACAUCAAAGAAUCCACAUGGAAGAGAGCCCCUAUGGAUGCUGUGAGUGUGGGAAAAAAUUUUCUGAUAGCUCAUCCCUUAUUCAACAUCAGAGAAUUCACACGGGAGAGAGACCCUAUGAAUGCUGUGAGUGCAGAAAAAGCUUCGCUCAGAGAUCAACCCUUAUGACACAUCAGAGAAUCCACACAGGAGGGCGGCCCUAUGAAUGCUGUGAGUGUGGGAAAAGCUUCACUCAGAGAUCAACCCUUAUUCAACAUCAGAGAAUCCACACAGGGGAGAGACCCUAUGAAUGCUGUGAGUGUGAGAAAAGCUUCACUCAGAGAUCAACCCUUAUUACACAUCAGAGAAUCCACACAGGAGGGCGGCCCUAUGAAUGCUAUGAGUGUGGGAAAAGCUUCACGCAGAGAUCAACCCUUAUUCACCAUCAGAGAAUCCACACGGGGGAGAGACCCUACAAAUGCUGUGAGUGUGGAAAAAACUUCACUAACAGCUCAGCCCUUAUUACACAUCAGAGAAUUCACACAGGGGAGAGGCCCUAUAAAUGCUGUGAGUGCAGGAAAAUCUUCACUAACAGCUCAGCCCUUAUUAAGCAUCAGAGAAUCCACACAGGGGAGCGACCCUAUGAAUGCUGUGAGUGUGGGAAAAGUUUCACUCAGAGCUCAGACCUUCUUAUACAUAAGAGAAUCCACACAGGAGAAAGACCCUAUAAAUGCAGUGACUGUGGGAAAAGCUUCACGAAGAGAUCAGUCCUUAUUGCGCAUCAGAGAAUCCACACGGGGGAGAGACCCUAUGAAUGCUGUGAGUGUGGGAAAAGCUUCACUCAGAGCUCUGACCUUAUUAUACAUGAAAGAAUCCACACAGGAGAAAGACCCUAUAAAUGCAGCGAGUGCAGGAAAAGCUUCACUAAGAGCUCCGUUCUUAUUGCACAUCAGAGAAUCCACAUGGGGGAGAGAUUCCAUGAAAGCUGUGAGUGUGGGAAAAGCUUCACUGAUCGAUCAGCCCUUAUUCGACAUCAGAGAAUCCACAAAAGAGAUCAACCCUAUGAAUGCUGUGAGUGUGGGAAAAACUUCACACGUAACUCAGCCCUUAUCAUACAUCAGAGAAUCCACAUGGGUGUGAAACCCUAUGAAUGCUGGGAGUGUGGGAAAAGCUUCCAUCAGAGCUCACACUUUAUUUACCAUCAGCAAAUCUGCAAGGGAAAUAAGCACCAUGAAGACCUUGUCUAGGGUUGUUAAACAUUUUCUUUUCCCCCUGUAAUACUUUUGCUAAUUCCCACAGAGUGACUUUUAAGGCUAUUUUGUACCUUUGGCUUCACUGUGGUCAUUCAACUCCCCCAGGUGAGUUGCCCACCUCUGACUUUUGCAGUUCACUCUUCUUUUGGGAGAAUCCUGUUGUCUUUUCUAUCUACUCCAUUUUCCAAUGAAUAAUGGGAGUGUGCAUCUCUCCUUCCAGGAAUGUCCUUCAGACACAGGUGGGAACAGAAGAGUGACCUCAGCUAAUUACAUUGAGGGAAAAUAUACUAGGGUCUCAUCUCCACUACGAUUUUCAUGGGAUUAGCCAGCUGGAGAGUGACUUCUGGGCUUUCUCCUGCUGAAAUUGGAAGAUUGGCUGUUUUUUCAGAGAACAGGGUGUGGAUCUGCUGUCCUGAUUCUGAGUCAUGAGCUGUAAUCUGCUCUGGAAUUUUACUUUAUAUGAAACGGAAAGUGUCUUAUACCACUCAGUGAUGUGGGUCUUCCUCUUUCCUGAAGGCUGUUUGGUUACGUACCUGGAUAUUAGUUUUGUUUGACAGAAUGUAGCUCAGAUUUAUUGGGGACUUUGGGACAAAUAACUAUCUGUUAAAAAUAGUCACUUCUUAUUUUAUUUUUGCUUUCCUCCCACCCUUUCAUGAUGACAUGGAGAAAUUUGUAAUGCACUUCAGGCAACAGAGGAGAAUACUCUAAGGUAUUGGACAUGCUACCAAGGGAACAGAGGUGUUUUUAAAUCCCCACUAUGAAAUGGUGAACGACUGCCCACCCCAGAUUGUGCAACUUACUGAUGAUAGUUUUGUUCAAUUCUUUAGGUCCAUAUUGUCUUAGAUCAGUGGUCCCCAACCUCUCCGUGGGGCGGGCGCCGGACGACUAGCCGCCGAGGAGCACGGGUGCUGGACAAGCAGCCACCCAAAUGCCGCCGAGAAACGGCAACGCCAAGAAGCGUUGCUGCCAAAAUACCGCUGACAAGCAGCGUCCUCAAGAGGCGUCGCUGCCAAAAUGCUGCCAAAAAUCGGCGGCAUUUCGGUGGCUGCUCUUCUUGACUUUGCCGCUUCUCGGCAGCAUUUUGGUGGCUGCUUGUCCGGUGGCCAGUAGGUGGGCACAUGUAGAUGCCCCGGUGGGUGCCACGGCGCCCGUGAGCACUGCAUUGGGGACCCCUGUCUUAGAUGAUCCAGGAAGAAAGUUCCACAGUAUGUAACUGGGAACUUUGCAAAAUGCUUAUGAAGUUAUGACCCAAGUCCUACCAGAGAUCACUCCUGAAUAUAUCUCCUAGCUAAUAUUUUGAUUUGUGAAAUGUUGUGUAACUAUGCAGGGGUGGAGGAAACAGAAGUGGUGGUUUUGUUGAACUAACCCUUUGUAGGUGCUGCAAAUGAGUAUAAAAUGAAAUCGGUGUUGAAUGUAAGAUAGCUGUAGAAAAAUAACAAUUUUUGAACAGAAAUAAAAUCAGAGAUUCUGA